UGGUGUGGAAAUUACGGUUCUCUUCCUAAUGUUCUGCUUUGCAAAAGGUGUAGACACCCAGCUCAGGUUUGUGAUUUAUCCUUUUCGAGCUACACGUUAGUAGGCAUUUUUCCAAGGGAGUGCGUCUCACAAUAAAGUCCUUUUUCUUCCCAUCUGGGUGUUUGUAUCCCUUAAGAGCGAGUUACCCUGCAAAGGACCUCAUGGUUUGCUCAGUCGGACUGCCAGAGAUGCAAUCAGCGGAAGAUGGUGGUUAGUUGCAAAAAACCCAUGACAUUUACUGGACUUCUUUCAUUCGCGGGACACAAAAUCCUGUUAUGGUCUUCAACGUGCCAACAGGAUGUCUUUCCUGGAAACGGUUGUGGUUCCCCCAAAUCCUUUUUUCCCCACCUGAGAAAAUAAUGCAACCAUGAAGGCAAGUUUCCAGUUCAGGGUCCCUUUGUCCAAAAAAACAAAAUAUCCACAAAACACAGCCCAGCUUUAGUUUCGGCCACGAUGGGCAGAUGAAAUGGGAGGGCUUUGGAUGGCUGCAAGGGUGGAGAUAGCUGGGAGCCACAAAUAUUUAAAAUGUGUGUAAGAAGCAGACACACACACACACACAAGAUACACGCUCACAGAUUCCUAGGCAACUGACUCAGUUUUGUUAAGAGCUCUGAUUUGGAGAAAACCUCUGUUCCAGUGAAAUUCCAUCACAUAAGGGGGGGGGGGAACUGAAUUGCCAGGAGAGAAGCUUGGAAUUUGUUAAGAGUUAUUGGGAAUUAAAGAGGAAUUGGAGGAGAGAGAGAGAAUUCACACGAUCAUGCAGUCCACCUUCAGCCCCCAGCUGGCUUGCUUAUGUGCCCUAACCCUCUCUUUCACUGUAUCUCCAGCAUGGCCGCAGACCCUUCCCAAGAAGACUGGGACCAGCAAGAACAGCAAAAGCCCCGGAUGUUGCGAAGAGCUAAAAAAGCUGAAGGUCCAAGUGGCCAAUCUCUCCUCCAUAUUAGAAGAGAUGAGCAAGAAGCAGGACAACAUCCUGGGACAGGCCGUCACGCAGGUGACGGCCCUGGAAGGGAGCAUCAAGCUGAUGGACGCCCGCCUGAACGACAUGGAAGGGAAGUAUUCGGAGAUGAAUUCCCAACUCGGCCUUGUGCAGCUCCAGGCGGUUCAGACGGUCACCCAGACGUCCACAGACGCUGUGUACGACUGUUCGUCCCUCUAUCAGAGAAAUUACAGAUCUUCUGGCAUCUACUAUCUUCCCCCUGAUGAAUUUCUGGGAAGUCCAGAAUUGCAAGUAUACUGUGACAUGGAGACCGAUGGAGGAGGUUGGACUGUUAUCCAGAGGCGGAAAAUUGGCUUGAUUUCUUUCAGCCAAAGUUGGAAGCAGUACAAGGAGGGGUUUGGAAGCCCGCAGGGAGAUUUCUGGCUGGGAAAUGAGCACAUCCAUCGGCUUUCUAGGAGGCCAAGCACGCUUCGGGUGGAGCUGGAGGAUUGGGAUGGCAACAGCGUUUUUGCUCAAUACAGCCGAUUUGCGGUAGGCAAUGAGCUGAGCAGCUACCGCCUCUUCCUGGCUAACUUCAGUGGCAGUGCGCCACGCGACUCCAUGCGGUACCAUAACAACACGGCCUUCAGCACCAUGGACAAGGACAACGACAAAUGUGUCGAUCACUGUGCGCAGUUACGCAAAGGUGGUUACUGGUACAACUGCUGCACCGACUCCAACCUGAACGGGGUUUACUAUCGUAAGGAUGAUCAUAACAAGAACACCGAUGGCAUCACCUGGUACGGCUGGUAUGGCAAAAUAUAUUCCCUGAAGAGGGUCGAGAUGAAGAUCCGGCCAACAGACUUCAAGGCCGAGAGGGACCCCAACAGAGUCAACUAAGGAGAUGAUGCCUCCUCUAAACCAGGGACCACAGGGGGAGACAGAAUGUCAAGAAUGAGCUUAUAUACGAAGAAUGCACUUCAUCAGUAGCAAUGUAGAUGCUCACCUCUUUCAGUCUCCACCUGAAGGUUUCUGGAUCUUUCCGAUGACAACGUUCUCUGUCGGGAUGUUGACAUCUCCCCCUGAAUUAACUUAGGUUUGCCUUUAUGUCCUUGCUGGACUGGAAUCUCGGGGAUGACAGGGAUAGAAGCUACGUCAGAUUUUUUUGCCAAACAUAUUGCAUAGGUUGAUUCCUCCACAUCAGAAGCUUAUGGAAAUCAGAUGCUUAGGAGAAUUUUUUUUAUUUGUUUGCAGCUGUAAACCAAUCAGUGCUCUGUAUAAACCCCUUUAUUUUCCUCUGUAGUAUAAUAAAGUCCUCUUGAUUUUAAAACUGAGUUUGAGGCCGAGGGUAUAAUCCUCGGAACAAAAAUGUUUCCAGUCAUGCAGAAUUUCUGGAAAUGCCAACCAACACUGGAGGGGAGGGGUUGCUAAUCUGGUGUCAAUGUUGUGAAGAAUCUGAGGUUGCAAAGGAACCUCUGGUUACUGGCAGAGGAGAGCUAUACAUCUUUCUUCCAGUGACAAUGGAGACCCCCCCCCCCCCGCCAAAACAAACAAACAAAAAAAAAACCCCUCCUGGAUAAUAUCAACUGGAUAUUGGUGCUGAGGUUUUUGUCUCUGUCUACUUACUGUACAAAGGGAAGGACAGAAUUUAACAUGAAUGUUUUCCAUGCGAUGUUGUGUUUCCUGUUUGAAAAAAUAAAAUCUCCAUUUUCUUCCUUAACUCUGAACAAAUUUCCCUAAGCGAGUACCAGAUGCAAAUGUUGCCAAACAGGAUGCCUAGAUACCUCCAAUCCUUGCUCUUGGGAUUGUCUCAAUAAAGGACUUUCAUUCUGGACAAAUGGCUAUAAAGUCUUUUCUUAAAACCUUCAGUGAUGGAGCACCCACAUCUGAAGGCAAUAAACAAUGGUUUAUUAUUCUUACUGUCAGAAAACUCCUUAAUUCCAGGUUGCGUCUUUCCUUGACAAGUUGCCAUCUGCUGCUUCUUAUCCUGCCUUCAGGGGCUUUGGAGAAUAGCUUGACUCCCUCUCUUCUUUGGGGCAGCCCCUCAAAUAUUGGAACACUGCUAUCCUGUCACCCCCUCACUGUCCUU